GGCUCGAGCUCGAUGACGGUUCUCUGUGGACUCAGAGCUGGUUGUUUUCCUAUCGGAAAGGUUUGGUGCUAAUCGACACGAUUGCCGACAACUGCGAAAAAUACCCCCACUAGUGCAUCUGAUAUUCUGGCGCGUUUUCAUCCUGUGUUGAACUGUUUUUGCUGCUCCUAAAGUGUUAUUUGAGCAGUUUGUGAUAAUAGGAAAAAGUGAACCGAUUUGGAGUGUCUGCUCAUAUCCAGCGACUGCCAAACGCAAGACGAGAAAGAAACAACAAGCCAGAAAUUGGCCUGAAGCAUUCAUAUACAGAGACUUUUGCAUUUCGCAAGAUUGACAGAGAAUUCUGGCGAGAACCUGCACAGUUAGUAGACAAGUUUUGAAACAACGAAAAGAAGAGAAAAAGAAGGAAAAUGAGUGCAGCAUCUGUAAGACAGUACGGCGUGACUCCUCCGAUAUCUACAGAGGGCCCGACAAAGGCGGAGAUCGCGUUAAACGACUCGAUGAUUGAGGAGUUGCGUAACCAGAAGUCGUUUGAGUCCGAGGUGGAGACCGAGAAGAGGAGGAAGGUGUUGGCCAUCUUGCAGCAGUUGACACAGACUUUUGUGUACACGGUCUCGAGGACGAAGAACAUGAGCGAGGGCAUGGCGAAGGACGCUGGAGGCAAGAUCUUCACGUUCGGCUCGUACAGGUUGGGGGUCUACGGACCCGGCUCAGAUAUCGACACCCUUGUAGUCGUGCCCAAGCAUGUGACGAGAGAGGACUUUUUCACGGUAUUCUACGACAUGCUCAAGAAGAGACCAGAGCUGCAGAAGAUUCAGCCUGUGCCAGAUGCCUUUGUUCCGAUCAUCAAGACGAUUUUCGACGGCGUCGACAUCGACUUGCUCUGCGGCCGCUUGGACAUACCGCAGGUGCCUCUCGACCUCACGCUAGAGGACAACAAUUUGUUGAGAAACAUUGACGACAAGGACUUGAGGGCCUUGAACGGGACCAGAGUGACCGAUCAAAUCCUUCAGCUGGUUCCGCAGAAAACCGUCUUCCGCCAUGCUCUCCGAACCAUCAAGCUUUGGGCGCAGAGGAGGGCCAUUUACGCCAACAUGUUUGGCUUCCCAGGUGGUGUUGCCUGGGCAAUGCUUGUUGCUAGAAUAUGCCAGUUGUAUCCAAACGCCGUUGGUGCCGUCAUUGUCUCCAAGUUUUUCCACAUAUACCUUCAGUGGAAGUGGCCGCAGCCGGUGUUAUUGAAGCCAAUUGAGGACGGUCCACUUCCGGUGAGAAUCUGGAACCCCAAGUUGUACGGACAAGACAAGGGCCAUCGGAUGCCUGUGAUUACCCCUGCUUACCCAUCGAUGUGUGCCACGCACAAUAUCACUGCCUCGACGCAGAAGAUCAUCAUGCAGGAGAUGAAGCGGGCGUUGGGCAUCAUGAACGAGAUCCAGCAGGAAAAGAAGACGUGGAGCGACCUGUUUGUCAAGCACGACUAUUUCUAUCGCUACAAGUACUACUUGACGGUGAUAACGUCGACACGAGGCAAGUAUGAGGACCAUAUCAAGUGGUGCGGUAUGGUUGAGUCGAAGCUCCGGUUGCUAGUGUUGAAGAUCGAAAACAUCACGGGCAUAGUCUUGGCGCACCCGUACGUGAAGCCGUUCACGGUGUCGUACAUCUGCGACACGGAGGAGCAGGUGUCGAUAAUAAGCCAGCUCUACGGCACGCUCGACGGCGAGAAGUACGCGCAGGAGCACCUCAAGGAGGUGAAGAUUGACGAGGACACCGACACAGUCAAGCUCGAAGAAGAGGUCAAGAAGAGCGGUAAGCACUUUGUGCAUCUGAUGAAGCUUUACAUCGGCUUGGAGUUGGACCUCAAGGGCAAGGAGAAGAAGAUGAACAUCCAGGUGCCAUGCACGGAAUUCGACCAAAUCUGCAAGAACUGGGUCUUCUACAAGAAGGAGGUGUUUUCUUUGAGCAUCAAGUACGUGAAGCUCUGGGACCUGCCCAACGACGUCUACGGCGACGCCGAAAGUCGUCCGUCCAAGACCAAAAAGCGCAAGACCGACAAGAACGGCAGCAUCAACAAAAAGAUCAAGAUGGUGGAGAGCGGCAGCGAGAGCGUGAGCUCCACUCCGAACAGUUCUGCCGGCGGCCUCGCCGCAGCCUCCUCCACUUUCUCUUCCGCUCCCGGCGAGAAGGUCACCGGGACCGUCUCGAUGUCCAGCUGACCGGAGGUGCCAGCAAACCAUAGCAUAGCAUAGCAGAGAAGAAGAAGCAGGCCCUUUAUACUAUAUAGAAGAACGUGUAACUACAAUCAUCACCACCGAGC